UACAAUCGUUAUUCCCACGAUGGCGGAUGCAUCGCGCUUUGCGGCCUGGAGCUGCUGCCUCCACCUGCUGCUGUUCCUUCUCCUCGGUGUCGGUGUCCAGGGAUACGAGGUGACAAAGGCGAAGAUCGAGGUGUUCUACCCCAAGGGAUUCGAGGUAUCCAUUCCCGACGAGGAGGGCAUCAGUCUGUUCGCCUUCCAUGGCAAACUGAACGAGGAGAUGGAGGGUCUGGAGGCGGGCACCUGGGCACGGGACAUAGUGAAGGCCAAGAACGGUCGAUGGACUUUCCGAGAUCGCACUGCUGCAUUGAAACCCGGCGAUAUUCUGUACUAUUGGACGUACGUUAUCUAUAACGGACUGGGUUAUCGCGAAGAUGACGGGUCGUAUGUCGUCAACGGGUACAGUGGUAACAGCACCUCGGCGAUCACUCCUCGUCCUCCGGUAGUCCCCGUUUCCAGCACGCCAUGGAGUCCACCUGCUGAUCCAGAUAUCGAUAUUAGAGUGGGUUGUACCACCCCCAAAACUGAGGUCAAUGGAGCACCCACUCGCUGUGCCGGCCAACUGGUCUUUGUGGAUGAGUUUAACGCUGCAAAACUGGAUCCUAAUAAGUGGAAAGCAGAGCGCAGGUUUUCCGGCCAACCCGACUACGAGUUCAAUGUUUAUGUGGACGAUGCCCCAGACACCUUGUGCCUGACCAAUGGCCAUGUUGCAUUAGCCACAAAUACGAUGAAAAAGCACUUCCACAAGGCAUCAGGUGAUAGUUUGGAUCUGGGGGAUAAGUGCACGGGAGUGGCUAAUACGCAUGAUUGCGUUAGGAAUGGCAGGACGAUGAACGAUGGCCUGCCGCCGAUGGUCACCGCCCAGUUCUCCUCUAAGGAUGCGUUCUCCUUCAAGUACGGUCGAGUGGAGGUGCGGGCCAAGAUGCCGCGAGCUCAGUGGGUUACCCCGCAAAUCUGGCUCCAGCCCAAGUAUCCUAUGUACGGAGUGGAUGACUACCGGUCGGGUCAACUAAGGAUUGCCUACACCCGUCCGAAUGGAGGCAACCUGGAUCUAUAUGCCGCUGCAGUGCUCUACGCAGAUGAACCCCUGCGUUCGGUCAAGAAUUGCCUCAAACCCGGCACUGGUGAUAGUUCCGAGGACUGGAGCGAUAGCUUCCACAACUAUACGCUCGAGUGGACGCCGCGGGAACUGCGAUGGCUGGUCGACGGCAAGGAGUUGUGUGUCCAGGGAAGCGAUAAGGGAGCUUUCAGUGAGACUACCGCCGCUGGGAAGCGAUUGCCACAGGCCCAAAAACUGGAGGAGGGCACCGGACUGGCGCCCUUCGAUCAGGAGUUCUAUCUGACCUUCGGACUCAGCGUGGGCGGAUUCAACGAGUACCAGCACGUGGUCAAGCCCUGGAACGAGAGGGCCCCGCAGGCGCAGAAGGCCUUUUGGAGGGAUGUCAAGAAAGAUCGGGAUCACUGGCUGGAUGGUGGCCACAUGAAGAUCGACUACGUCAAGGUGUACGCUUUGUAAUAUCUUUAUUUUAACAAGGUUCUUAUUACUCACUUUACAAACUGAAUAAAUUGAAAAAUUGGCCAAUUAACUAUUUAGAUAAAAACAAUAAAUAAAAUCAAAGCUUAAAAGCAAA